UCGAUUGCUUCUAUGUAUGAAAAGGCUAGUGCUCUCAUAGUCUUGUUAGAGUGCAUCCAGGUACAAAAUGCCUCCAAAAAUGGCCAUAUGCUUACUUGUUUUUCUUCUCGUUGGCCUUCCUACUUUUGCCGCAGACCCUGACCCCGUUCAAGACUACUGCGUACCAAACCCUAAAGUCGGUAACGGCCGGACCACCAGAUCCUCAGUGCUCCCGUGCAAGAACUCCUCCGAAGUCACCACCGAUGACUUCGUCUUCUCGGGCAUGAAGAAUUUCACAGCCAACUUCUCUGAAACCGGACUGGCCGCCCUUUCUGUGAACCCCACGCUGUUUCCGGGGCUUAACACGCUAGGCAUGUCAUUCAUGAAAGCCGAACUGAGAGUUGGUGGCAUCAACCCGCCGCAUUUCCACCCUAGGGCCACCGAGAUCGCGUAUUUGGUGCGAGGGAGCGUGUACUCGGGGUUCGUUGACUCGGCGAACCGGGUUUUUGCUAGGGUUAUCGAGGCAGGCGAGGUGAUGGUGUAUCCAAGGGGUCUAGUGCACUUCCAAAUGAAUGUUGGUGACAAGCCGGCGACCAUUUUUGGGAGCUUCAAUAGCCAGAACGCCGGAGUACAGAAACUUCCGGCAACCAUCUUUGGAUCCGGCAUAAACAGUGAGCUUCUUGAGAAGGCAUUCGGGUUGAGCCCCAAACAGAUAGGGCAUAUGAGAAGAAAGUUGGACCCCAAAACCACCAGGUAAUUGACGUUGCCAGUGAAGGACGGCAUAGUUGUAUGAUCUGUAUCGGGCUCUUGUUUACUUCUAAUAUGCAUAUGAUAUAUUGGAUGGUUUAUCAUCGUUGUUUAAGACAAAUAUGUCCACAUGAGAAUUCCACUUCUAUUUAUAGUCGGUUAUUUUUAUA